UUAUACGUUGAAAUGUUGUUUAGAUUUAAACGUCCGGAUUAAAAAAGACAAGUCCGGAUCCGACUGAAGAGAAACUCCAGUCCGGUUUUAACGGUCGUUAUUGUGAGCGGAAGCGCUCGAGCGUAAACAGACUGACACAACAUCCACAAACACAGUUCUCAGGAGAUCCUAACAAAGGAAACCGAGUCCGUUAGUCGAGUUCAUGUCGUGAUUCCUGUCAGUUUCCGCGUGUUCCGUGAGCGGAAUCUCCUCGGAUGUGUUUCAGAGUCAUGGAGAAUUACGAAGAUUUCAUCCGGAGCCGUUAUAAUACUCUCAAUGAUGAAGAUGAUGAUGAAGAUGAACCCCUCACACCUUCAUCAUUGAUCGUGUUUCGUGGAGCUCGUGUUCUUCCUCCUCUGCUUAAUGAGCAGGAGCGGGCCGAGAUGAGACGACUGAGAGAAGCAGCCAUGAGUCUGAUGAAGAGGAGGAGAGAGGAAGAGUCUCACAUCAGCUCCACAGACCCGAGUGAUGACAUCACAGACUGUGACAUCAUCACCUCAUCCGCUCCGCUGACGUCAACGGCUCAUGACGACCGAUCGUCCAAUCAGCCGCGAGCGUCUCCGGAGGACGAUUCGCCGGAGAACACCCAGAUCACGGUUCUGUUCGAGAACCACGAGACGCACGGGCCUCGGGACACCACGAGGAAUACGACGACGAUGAUGUCAUCAGGCUACGUGACCAAUGACGACACGGACGUCGCCGGGCGCUCCGGCCGGACGGAAGCGUCAGGAAGUGACAUCAUCAGUCACGCGCCAGUAGACGGAGCGACUUUAGAGGAGGAGAUCGUAGCACCGCUCCCGAACCCAGCGGGAGAUCCGUCAUCUGACCCGGAUGAAGGUCCGUAUCGAACGAGCCUUCAGAACCUACUGAAGAAGUCCCAGGAGUACCGGCGACGCCAGCGUCUGCUGCGCAGUCAAUCCAGAGCCGCGGAGGAGCACAACCUGUCCGAUAAAGAGAACCAGGAGAUCCUGAUGUGUCGGACGGAGGGAGACGCCAGCACGGACCAACGCCACGCUCUUCCUGCAGAGCUUCCUGUUACAGACUCCACACAGAAGUCCAGACCGUCCUCGGCUGCCAGAUUCACCAACAUCCCCACGCCCAAGUUCUGCUUAAGUCCUGUGCGCUGCAAAAGACGGAGCCGGAUUCCUGGUCUGGUUCGGAGAGCUUUGGGCAGACCGGCUCCGACUGACCUGAUUGGUUCGUCUGAUGGGGGCGGCAACGAUACGAUGAUGUCAUCGCAGACGGAGCAGAUCACUCAGCUAGAGCUGAACCUGUCCAGCCUUAAAGCGCUGAUCUCAGACCUGGAGUCGACGCUCACGCUCUCACAGACGGAGAGCCCCACCGACGACGGCCAGAAACGACCCCCCACCGUCACUUUCAGCGAAACAGUCACCGCUAAGGAUUGUGGGGUGGGUCAAGAGAACCCGACGUCCAUCCGUUCGCUCGUGGGCGUCCUCGCAGACACCAGCAAUUGUUCUGUGGAUGAAGCAGGAAGCUCUGUGAUUGGCUCGUCUUACGACGUGGACGUCCCGUCCGGCUUGUGGAAGCAGCUGACCCCUGAGACUGGAGGUCAUGAGGGCGUGUCUCGGGUCAAGCGAAGGCUCCUGAUGAACGAGGACGCGGCGUUCAGUCCUGGACGGGAGACAGGAAGCGCGCUCUGCAGUACACCCAGAGGGCUGCAGGCGUCUGCGCAGAUGCAGGAGGAUCAGGUGACGGCUCUGAUGGAGGAAGAGUGCAGACAGCAGCAGGAUCUACUGCAGUCUUUAGCGCUGCGGUACCAGUUCCUGCGGAGCGUGUCCUUCCCGUGUCCCAGCGCAGGCUCACGUCUGGAGGACACGCCGUCCUCCCUCACCGCCUCUUCUGUCUGCACACACGCUGAGCUUACAGACGCCUCACGGCAGUCCUGUGUCCCGGUGUCCUGUCGCCCUCUGCUGGCCGCGGUGCUGAGGGGCUUCCUGACCCGUCGCCUCCUGCGCACUGACCGCGUGUCACACCUCAUCACCACCAUCACGGACACACGGAUGUUCCUGCAGUCGUUGACGGAGGUGAGCUGCAGCAAACACGACGUCCUGCUGCAGGAGCGUGUCUCACUACAGCUGCGAGCGGCGCGGGACGAGCUGCACCAGAUCUUCUUCAGCAUGAGCUCCUCUGAUCAGAUGAAGAUGAUCCGCUGCGACCGACAGCUGAGCAGAGAACGCCAGCUCAGAACACACGAUCAUAAAGUGAAGGGAUCUCUCUCUGCUGCCACCAGAAAAGCUUUAGAACGCAAGAAACUCAAGUUACAGAGGAAGACGGCUGACAGGAAGAAGUUUUCUCCGUCCAGUGAGGACACAUGGAAGCUGGUGCCAAAGAUCUGUCGGGUCUCAAAGAAGAUCACGCCGUUACGCGGAGAGCGAUGAAGGCCAAGCCCUCUUCAGUUUUAUACUCGUUUUUAUAUAGUUGUCUUUAAACACUAUACCAGUUAUUGAAUGUAGUUUUAUUUAUAUUUUUUUCUAGAAUUCUCUGUAUGUCUUGUAGCUUCAGAACUGCUUUUCUGGCUGGAUUUAUCUUUGGACACUUUAAUAAAUUGUUAUACUUGU